UGAAGAUUUACUAUACCUACGUAUGAGGUGACGUCAUGGAGCCAUCCUCGUCAGAUUACAGCGACGAGGAGGUGGGCGUGCUCGCUCGCGGCCAGAAACUGUGGGUGCGCGGCGUACGUCCGCACACAACGUGCGCGGACAUCGUGCGUGCGCUGCAGGACGCGCCGGAAGCGGGCGGAUUGACUGAGCACUCAGAAUGGAUCCUAGCUGAGCGAUGGCGUGGCGUAGAGCGUCCUCUACCACCUGACGCUCCUGUGCUCCUGGUACUGGCAGCUUGGGGAGACGCACGGCAUGAGGUCCGCCUAUCCCUGCGCCGCGCCUCCAGCGGUGAAGAAGACUCCGGCCGCGACAGCGACGGCAGCCGCAGCGGGCGGCGGCGGCGGCGCGGUCGGACCACCCCGCCCCCUCGGGCCAAGAGUGAAGACCCUGCUGCGAGGCUGGUGACCGUGAUACAGCAUCAGAGCAGGACUAUCCAUCAGCAGUUGGACAAACUACGGGAACAAGAAAAGCUCAUCGACCAACUAGAAGACCAGACGCAUAAAAGCCGUAUGGAGAAGCACGGAACCAACUACCUUCUAGAAUCCUACCUUCGAGACCUGGGCCGCAACACGGAAGUCAACGACAGCCAAGCAGCCAACAGCGACAGCGGAGUUGGCGUCGGCAGCGGCACACCACCCAGAAGACACACCAAACACAAGUCUAGAAGAGAAAGACACCUCAUGCGAGAACACUACUUCACUAAAGAACUCACAAACAUCUGCCAAGUCAACUCCGAAAGACUCACACAAACACACAACGACACAGACUCAGACGCCUCAGCAGAUGACCUCACAAAAAUCAGAGAAGAAAUCGAACUCCUCGAAAAGCUAGCAAUCAUAAACAAAAGACUACACCGGGAAGAGGAACUCGUCGUCAGAUUAACAGCGAAAGUCAAAAGAUAUACAGACGAAAACAAAGCGAAUAGUUGUGAAAAUGUCUCUCAAGUCACGAUACUGAUCGACAAAAUAGAAGAAGAGUUAGCACGGACGGCGAAAGAGAUGCAAGAUAAUACCUUAGAGCUAUCUAAAGCGGAGAGAGAAGUAGAAAUGAGAUUGAAACUCCUCGACGAGUUGACGUUAGAGUUAGAUGAGGAAGAGCUACAGAACACGAUAUUGGAAAGACAGUUGAAUGAAGCGUCGAGUCGACAACCCAUCUUGUUGCAAGAUAGCUACGUACCUGUCUUAGACCAAGGCACGGCUAUCGAUUACGGGGGACCUAGUUAUGCGUUAGACACGCUCGUAUGACAUUAGAUUUAAUUGUGAAUCUGUCCCAAAGAUGUUUGAAAUUACCAGCAGUCUCCUCGGAAAUUUUGGGAAC